GGCGGCGGAGGCGGCCGCCUCCCGGCCCCGGCGGGCUGCCCCGGCCGGUGGGCGGCGCCGGGCUGUGAGAGGCAGGGGGCGCCUCGCCCGCCCGCCCCGGCCCCCCUCCCCGGGUGUAUAUAGCGGCGGCGCGGCGCGGCGCGGAUCCCGCGGCGGGCAAGAUGGCGGCCGCCGCCAGCACGCAACCCCCGCAGCCGCCGAAGCUGCCGCAGCUGCUGGAGCGGGACCCCUACCUGGCCCCCUUCGAGACGGACUUCCAGCGCAGGUAUUCUCUGUUUUAUAACCGCUUGAAGAACAUUGAGGAAAAUGAAGGAGGCCUUGAUAAAUUUUCAAAAAGUUACAAAACCUUUGGCGUUAACCAAUUUGUCGAUGGCGGAAUAUAUUGCAAAGAGUGGGCACCGGGAGCAGAAGCAGUGUUUCUCGCAGGUGACUUCAAUGGCUGGAAUCCAUUUUCUCAUCCAUAUAAGAAGAUGGAAUAUGGGAAGUGGGAGUUGUUCAUUCCACCUGGGCAAGAUGGUUAUCCUCCUGUGCCCCAUGGAUCAAAGUUAAAGGUGGUGAUUCGUGCUCAAAAUGGCGAACUCCUCUAUCGUAUUUCACCUUGGGCAAGAUACGUAGUCCGUGAUGAAGACAAAGUAAAUUACGAUUGGGUACACUGGAAUCCACCACAGUCAUAUAUACAUAAGCAUCCUUCCCCCAAGAGAUUAAAAAGCCUAAGAAUCUAUGAAUCUCAUGUGGGGAUUGCUUCCCCAGAAGGGAAGGUAGCUUCUUACAAAAACUUCACAUACAAUGUACUACCUAGAAUAAAGGAUCUUGGAUAUAACUGUGUCCAGCUGAUGGCUAUUAUGGAACACGCGUACUAUGCCAGUUUUGGUUAUCAGGUCACAAGCUUCUUUGCAGCAUCAAGCCGUUAUGGAACUCCAGAUGAUCUGAAAGAAAUGAUUGACGUUGCUCACUCAAUGGGCAUCACUGUUCUGCUGGAUGUUGUGCACAGCCAUGCAUCAAAAAACUCUGAAGAUGGUCUCAACAAAUUUGAUGGUACAGAUUCUUGUUUCUUCCAUUCUGGUCCUAAAGGAACUCAUCAGCUCUGGGACAGCAGGCUCUUUGACUAUGCAAACUGGGAAGUUUUGAGGUUCCUUCUGUCUAAUUUGAGAAUGUGGAUUGAGGACUAUCGCUUUGAUGGAUUCCGAUUUGAUGGUGUUACAUCUAUGCUGUAUCACCAUCAUGGGAUUGGCACAGGAUUCAGUGGAGAUUACAAUGAAUAUUUUGGCCUACAUGUGGAUGAAGACGCUUUGUGUUACCUAAUGCUGGCCAACCACAUGAUUAAUUUCUUGCAUCCGGAAUGCAUAACCAUAGCAGAGGAUGUUUCUGGAAUGCCAGCUCUUUGUCGUCCUGUUGCAGAGGGAGGAGGGGGUUUUGAUUAUCGACUAGCCAUGGCUAUUCCAGAUAAGUGGAUACAGAUAAUUAAGGAGCUGAAAGAUGAAGACUGGAAUAUGGGCAAUAUUGUGCAUACAUUAACAAACAGACGGUAUGAAGAAAAAUACAUUGCAUAUGCAGAGAGUCAUGACCAGGCACUUGUUGGUGAUAAGACAUUGGCGUUUCGACUGAUGGAUGCAGAGAUGUAUACAAACAUGAGUGUGCUCUCACCUCUUACUCCAGUUAUUGAUCGUGGAAUACAGCUUCAUAAAAUGAUUCGUCUCAUUACUCAUACACUUGGAGGAGAGAGCUAUCUGAACUUCAUGGGUAACGAAUUUGGACAUCCGGAAUGGCUUGACUUCCCCAGAAAAGGGAAUAAUGAGAGCUACCACUAUGCCAGAAGACAGUUUAAUCUUACUGAGGAUCAUCUUCUUCGCUAUAGAUUCCUAAAUACAUUUGAUAGAGAUAUGAAUAAAUUGGAGGAAAGAUUUGGCUGGCUUGCAUCUCCCCCGGCCUUUGUAAGUGAAAAGCAUGAAUCCAAUAAGGUCAUAGCAUUUGAGAGAGCAGGUCUCAUUUUUAUUUUCAACUUCCAUCCAUAUCAAAGUUACGUGGACUACAGAGUGGGUAUUGAAACUCCAGGAAAGUAUCAAAUCCUUCUGGAUUCUGAUGCUGCAGAAUAUGGAGGGCAUCAAAGGCUGGACCACAGUACAGAGUACUUCUCUGAAGAAUAUCCUCACAAUUAUCGACGUAAUUCACUUAUGCAAUCCAAUUUACAGACCACCUUCAGCCAACACCCCAGAAGAUGCCACAAGCACUACAUAGAGGUGUACAUUCCAAGCAGAGUGGCUAUUGUGCUUCAGAAUAUGGAUAUCCCAAAAUGAAGUUCUCUGUAACUAUCACUGAAGAAGCAAGUCACAGAAGAAGUGCUGAUACACUGUACUAGUACUAAGUAUAACAAAACUUGCUCUAAGGAAGCUUCCUGAAACUAAGUAUAGUAAUAUUAGGUGUUUAAAAUGUAAGAUUAAUAUUCACAUAUAAUUGCAGAGCUCUUGACUUGCUAGAACCUCUUUUGAGGAAACUUUACAAAAGAGGCAGAAAGGAAAACAUUGGGUUUGUAGUUCUAGUAGUACAAAAUCACACUUAAGAUAUUGCAAAGCAGCAGGUAUUCUCAAUUAAAUUGUUGUUUACAGAAUUUUAUCAGGAAUAACAAGAGUGAUCCUGCUCUGAAGUUUGUAAUUUCUUGUAAUACUCAUUUUGCUAGUGAAUUCAAAUGUUCAUUAUAUAUUAAUGCUUCUUACUAAAAGUAAGUAGUUUGCUUAAAUAAAACAGAAGUUUUUGGCUAAAAGGCAGCCUUGAUGGUUUGUGGGACCUAAUUUGAGGCUCCUCUUCUUCAAUGAAGUCCAACAUGGAAUUAGAAAUGUUUAUCCAAAUGGAUGAGAAGGUCCUCUGAGAGUAUCAUACUUUGCCAUUUUUUAUUAAAUUAAAAUUGCACAAAAAUGCUGAACAGCAAAAUGAGCAGGCCGAUUGGUGACCUGCUGAUGCUUUUGUGCGUUUUGCUUAUUUUCUCCCAAUCAAAUCACUUAGUCUGUGCAUCUCACUUGCUACAGCUGAAAAAAAUGACGCAACUAUUUUAUUUAGAUGACUAAAACGUUCAGUGAGAAGAGUGUUUUGUUCUUACUGCAAUGCUACCACACUGGAAGAUGUACUUAAAAUGUAAUUCUUCCCAUUGCAUUUAUUUCACUAAUGUCAGGACCUUGCAAUACUGAUUUCACUAUUUCAGAAGCUGCCUUUCAGCUUGGAACAUGAUGAUGUUCUUGCACUUUUAUAACUUUUGAAACAUUGCUUCUCAUGAAGAAGCAGUCUCAAAAUACAGUGAUCAAACUAAGGUGUUUUUUCGAUAAAAUCAAGGUAGUUAAUUAUUGGAGUGCUGCUAAGAUUAUUCAAAUGAGUUCUUUCAUGAGCUACAACUUUUUUGUAAAGAGUAAGAUUUUGUAUAUUUGAAAAUGUAUUGCAGAGCAUUCUGGAAAAUUAAUACCAAAUUAACGAGACAUGCUUUAUUUUGUUCCAUUUAUUUAAAAACAUAUUUAAAUUGGUUCUGAAAUGAAUGUCUUUUGUACAAAUCUGAGUUUUCUAACUUUUAAAGUAGUCAAAGAGGAAGAUGUCCGUGACCAUUUCCAAGUCAUAAUUUUACCCAGUUUCCUACGUGAGCCAUUGUGUAAAUUACUAAAUAGAUGUGCCAACACUGAAAAUCUAUUCACAGUUCUUGGAAUGCUUACUUGUGGCUUACUUCUUAAGCAAAAUAAGGGAUGGAAUAAUGCAGCAUGAUAGAAAACGGUCUUUUGCAGAGUUCACACUGAACGGACUUUAUGAACUUCCCCAGUCUGCUAUGUUCUGUGUGACAGAGAAUUUUAUAUUGCAGUUGAGUACCAUAAUACUGUUUAGGAUCAUGCUUCAUUUUCCUCUACACCAGUUUGAUCAUUGUUUGCUAGUGGGCUAAUAAAAGCAUUCCCGUUACACUAAGACUUUAAAGAAAAUACACUGAACUGUUUUAGCAACUGGAACUGAUUAUCUUUUUUUUUUUUUUCCAGAUUGUUUUCCUUGUAGUGAAAUAAUGAGCAACUUCUAAUACAUGUUAUAUUUACAUUGUAUUGAUCUAAUAUGUUUUAUAGGGUGGUUUGUUUUUUUUACUGGCACCAGUUCCAGGUUUCAAGAUGUAAUGCAAGGCAAUUGUCUGUGUCAAACCUUUUUUCAAGAGAAGGAAUAAAUGUAUGAUGUGAAGUAUAAACUGUGUAAAAUUACAUGCAAAAUAAACUCUGAGGAGGAUAAAACAAA